UGCGUGGUUGUGGGAGCGUGCCUGCGGCGGCGCGCGCGCGUGUGCGCGUGUGUGUGUGUGUGUGUGUGUGUGUGUGUGUGUGAGAGAGAGAGAGAGAGAGAGAGAGAGAGAGAGAGAGAGAGAGAGAGGCUGUCAGGCACGAUAGCCUGUCAGAGAAGGCAGACGGGAAAGAUAGCGCCCGUGAUGCCUGACGGGCAUGGAUGCUGUAAUCAAUCAACAUACCACAACCAAGUCCAUUCAGCCCAUUGUCGACGCGAAGGAGGGGGUAUUUCACACCAUAGCAAGCGAGCGGUCGGACUUUCCGCCGCACCCGAUCUAUGGGCUUUGACUCGCAGCGGGUCGUUGAGUGAGGUGGUCGUGGCCCUUGCUGGCUUGAGGCGAAAUGGCGGGAACGUGAACGCACGCAAUGGUUUGGGAGUGACGGCGCUGCAUCUCGCUGUCUGGAGAAAUCAUGUACCCAUUAUCAGGCACCUUCUCGGAGCUGGAGCGGACCCCAACAUCAGAGAUGGUGAGUCGGGCUGGAGCAGUCUGCACAGGGCGCUUCAUUUUGGGCACUUGGCAGCCGCCGGUGUUCUCAUUGCUGUGGGAGCCUCCCUGAUGGUUGAGGAUUCUAAAGGAAGAACGCCUCUGGACCUGCUGUCUGUGCCUUUCAGGGACUCAUCAUUAGCAGCAGGUACCUCGUCGGACAGCUUGGUGACGGAAGUUUACAGCUGGGGAAGUGGUUUGAACUAUCAGCUGGGAACAGGAACUACUGGGAUUCAACAUGUCCCUGCCCGUGUAGACAGUUUGCAGGGACUGAGGGUAUCAAAUGUGGCAGCAGCAAAGUUUCACAGUGCAGCGCUGACUACCUCAGGAGCGCUCUAUUCAUGGGGGUUUGGCCGAGGAGGCCGCCUUGGUCACUCGGACUUUCACAUACACAGUGGCCAAACCGCAGUAAUCACACCCGAGAAGGUUUGUGCUGGGCUGGGAUCAAGGCGCGUUGUGGCUAUUGGGACAGCGAAGCAUCACACAAUUGUGGCUACAGAAAGUGGGGAGGUGUAUACAUGGGGUUCCAACAGAGAGGGCCGCCUUGGGUACCCAUCAGUUGAUACACAACCAACUCCAAGGAGGGUGACUGCAUUGAGGGUGAAGGUGGUGGCUGUGGCUGCAGCAAACAAGCAUAGUGUUGCCCUGACAGACUCAGGUGAGGUCUUCACAUGGGGCUGCAAUCGACAAGGGCAGCUAGGAUAUGGCACAUCCAAUUCUGCUUCCAACUGUGUCCCACGAUGUGUGGAAUUUCAUGCAUCUGGCAAGGGGAAACAAAUUGUCGCAGUUGCAGCAGCUGCUGCAAAGUACCACACGGUCAUACUAUCAGUGGAAGGAGAUUAUGUACUUGUGGUAGUGGAUGUCUGUACCAGCAUUGCUGCAUAAAUAGACAACUACUGCUUACCUUGCAUUACCCUUCUUUGGUGGUUGCCGUCCAGAGUGGCAGCUUAUUUCCCUUCACUAUUAAAAUCGCUAGCGUCACAAUCUGAAACCCGGGCCGUGUUUGGUCCUACCGGCGCACGGCCUGGAUGGACGCUGGAUUGUAACAAAUGUGCAAUCUGGGU